GCUUUGGGGGGAAAUGUUCUGUACCAGUGAAACCUCUGUACUUGCCUCAUAGUUCUACAUACAGUCUCAGUUACAGUUAUAGAGGCUGUAAACUUUGAUGUAGAGCCAGUGAUUGUCAGAUAUUUUGGUCACUUAAGAUCUGGGCCCCUGUAAACUUCAAGCCCCUCAUUUUCACCUGGACCUUCAUAUUAAAAUUAAGCUGAACAUUUCAGGGUUGUCAGGAAACAUGUCACUAAGACAACAAACAAUCCAUUGGGGUCCCAUGCAGGUGAAGCUAAUUUUGUAUGCAUCUAUUUUUGAAUCAAGAGAGACCUACUUCAUCCUCUGUUGGGUAUUUUUUUAGCAUUCAAACUCUUAAAUAGCUGCCCUCACUUGCCUCUAGUGGAUGUCUGAGUAGGUCAAAGCCUAACCGCAUGAUUUAGGUUAUUAGCACAAGAUUUACAGCACAUGAAGCCAGAGCAUGUGCUCGUAUCAUUUUACACUUAUAAAUAGACCAGGCUUAUUUCUAAUUUCCCUUUGAGGAAUACCUUAUACACUGUUAUACACUGAUAAGCCUAAAAAGAGAGGGGGCUUGCAGGUGUGUGCAUUAGGCUCUGUAUUUUUAAUCUUGAAUUAGAGGAACAAGGACAACUUCAAAAAAUGUACUCCAGCUCAGUCAUUUACGUGUACAAAUAUAUAGUUGAGGAUAAAUAAGAAAGCUUUGUUUGACCUGUGAGUGCCCCAACCAUCAAAUGGCUCAUGACAGCAGCAGAAUGUACACAUCUGUUGUGUGGAUACCUUGGGCACACACACAUAGAGACAGACAAGGUGACUGUCGUGACGCCCUAACAAGAGACGUGCUUGCUGUGAACAACACUUGCCUGGACUCUGAGUCCUGUAACGACAACAACAGGAGAGGUGGCUGUGAAAGCACGCACGUACAUAAGUGGAUGUAUUCACUAGGACUCUCAUGAACCUGAAAAUAAACUACAGAGGGAAAAAAAAUGCUUUGGCUCAUUUGUGGAAACAGUCAGACAGUGUGUGGUUAGCAAAUGUCAACCCAUACACUCCUGAACUGUGUGAAACAGUAGCCUCUUUAAGCAGUUUUACAGAGAAAACAAAUCCAGUCUAGACGUUUUCCUGGACAAACCUGACCUCAUUAUUCACAGCUCGGUUGAACCAUGUGAGGGCAACAUGUCCAUCAGCAGUCUGGGCCUGAGUGAAGGCACGUAUAUCACUUCACGAUUGUUACACUGAGGGUGUGGGCUAUUUCAUUUUUUUUGUUUUGUUUUGUUUUUAUUGGAGUGUUUGUAUAGGGUGCAAAACUUCACUAUGUACCUUUGUGCAGGCACGUUCUGGCUUUAAUAUCUCCAAAAUGCCUUUUUUUAAAAUAGAGAGCUACAAUGUCUGACUGUCAUCCCAUUAAACAACAUACUAGAGACAGCGCUGAUGAACCAUGAUUGAAAGUGGGUCAUUAGUCAACAGUUUAUAGCUUCUCUGCCCUUUUGUUAUCUCUACCCUCAAUGUUCAACACAGGACACUAAGGUUUACUACCUGCAUGGAAGAAUUCUCACUGUGUUGCCACACACACACUCAAGUUCAUAACUCACAUGUUCACAUUCAGAUCCAGUUUUGAGGCUCAGAUAAGUGCACGUACUCAUGUCCUGUUCUUAAGUAUAGUUCUCAGAUACUUGGGGUUACUGGACUUCACUUUAUGUCAAGUGGAAGUAUAUUUGUCUUAUACCGCUUUAAAAGUUAUUUGCAGACAUAUUUUUUUCCUUCAAACCAAAACAUGGUUUAUUUUUACAUUUUCUUCAGUGUUUCAAGAUUGACUAUAAUUAAACAUACUGUUCAGUGACACAUGGUUUCCCUGCUCCCUGGGACAUUGUGCCAAAGGUCUUGAACAGACUGUUCAAGAUUGUGAUCUGCGUUUCAUUCUCUUUUUUCUUUUUUACACAAAUAUCCUUGCUCCUUUCUGUAAAAGUUAUACAACCAGGCCUCAAGUACAAUCCGGCCUCAUUAACCUCACAGCACUUCUAGGUGAAACCAAAGCCUGUGCCCAUUGAUGGCAUCAGAUAACACAUGUUGGAAGAGAGUCCUGGCGUUUUCAAUCAUGUUUGUCAACAAGUUACAGUUGACAGAGUGUCACUGACACAGAUAUCUUAAAAUGUCUACACAGUCAGGGGACACCUAGUAUGUAGGAGGAAUGGCAGUCAUCCAGUUGCAGCGGGUCUGUGCAGACUAGACCCAGACCGCAUAUAAUGUCCCACCACUUAUACACACACCUUGUCCCUAUCUCACACUCACUUGAGGAUUAAUCCCCUCAAUGCAGAUAGUGCCUCUAGGGGCUUUGUGGGUAUAUUUGGAGAGCUGUACUGGUGGUGUCAGUUCUGGAGUUUAUACUGGAGGUUUCACUCAUAUUGCUAAUUUAGAGGUUGCUUUUGUAUUAUUGUUUUCAGGCACCAUGCUCCCGAUUAUUGGUUUCCAGAUCCGUCUAGAAAGUUACUGUAACUGAGGUAAAGAAAAAGCUCAGGGCAAAGAACAAAGCCUUCACCAACAAACAAUAUAAAUCAUAUUGCAAGGAAGUGCAAAACAUUUAAAUAAGUGGAAAUGAAAAAAUCAAUGUGAGGAAAUGCAAAAGUAUAUUGAAGAAAAGCAAAAGUCUCAAGGAAAUGCAAACUAUAUUGAUAGGGACUCAAACUAAAUUGCAUAGAAAUACAAAGUACAGCAGGGAAAUUUUAGAAAUAUUUUAAGGAAAGAACAUGUAUUGCAAAGAAAUGUAAAAAAAAAAACCUGAUAAUAAUUCAACAAACAGAUUGCAGGUAGCUACAUAAGUGUUGCAGGGAACAAGGAAUUACAAGACAAACUGAGCGAAAUGCAAAACAAAUGUGAGGGAAUACCAAACACAUUUCAAGGAAAGAUAUUUUGAGCUGAUGUUAAAGAAUGAUGAGGGAAGGACAAAAGCAUUGAAAGGUGAAAAACAAAUAUACUGCUGAGGAAUUCAGUUCAUAUCAUGAGGGAGUUCUGCAAGUUAAUGCAAAAGUUUACUGAGGGUAUGUUAAAGUUUUGUUUGGUCACACCUAAGUAUUGCAAGAUCAUACAAAUAAUAUUGGCUAUAUGCUCAGGAGCUUUGUACUUUCUACUGUGUAAAAUUUCACAACAAAUAAGUCAGGGUUACUUUUUCACCUCUAGUUCUGGAAAUUGUUUUUGUGCAACCUUUUAGACAGGUUAUGCAGGAUUUUAUGAGAGGCAUUGUUUCAUUUAUAAAUAAAUUGCUGUUAUUUCUGUCCCCAAAGCGUGCAAGUGCUGCAUGUUUAAAUAUCAACAAUCCUAAACUCACGUGGAGCAGGUGUACCACAAGAUAAUGACUUGUUGUUGUUCUAUGAGUAUAAUCACAAGUGUAGAUUUAUAUGGGAUCAGACACAAUAAAACUGAUAUUUAGAAAAUUAAGGCCAUAUAUGGUUGAAUAAUACCAAAAUGUGGCCUGUCACUUGUAAUAAUCACCAUAAUGGCUUAAAGGGAUCAUACACUCUAAAAACCCCUGGGUUGAAAAGGGACCGACUACUUAUUGGGGGUUGACUCAAUAACUCUUUUUAAGGGUCAAGUUAACCUAAUCUUUGUGUUAAUCUGACUCAUGAUUUUGGGUUAAAUUGAAAUAUGCAUUUGGGGAGCUUUGCUUUUACAACCUGUACCGUCUGAGCCAGUUUGGCUUUCAAUGGUACAUACUCAUGUUUAUGAGGUAGGUCAUAGUGCUAAGGGUCUUGCCUAAGGACCUGCGCUGGUAGAUAUAGUUUGCUCCUUACAGAUGUGUUUCAUGUGGGAUUCAAACCCAAGUUGGGAACUGGAUGCUCUACCUGCUGAGCUACUCAUAUUGUAUAUAAAAUCAAGGCCAAAGUUCACAAGGUCACCAGGUCACUUUAAUUGCCAUUAGGCCUAGAAACCACACAGAGUCAAUCGAACCCAAUGUUCUGACCCAAUUAUUGGGUUACUCUCAGAAAAAUAACCCAUAGUUAUCGACCCAUUCAAAUAAAAAAAAAAUAUUGGGUUACGAAAGAAUCCAUAUGACCCAAGAAAUGGGUAUGGAUCUGAAUAAUAACCCAGAAAGAGUUUUUAGAGUGUAGAUAAAAGACUUUAAAGUGGGUUUGGGGACUCAGAGACCCCCUGAUACAGUAACAGGUUGUCUUAUUUACACAAUUCCUAUGACAGCUUGGGACAUGCUUCACGCAACAGUUAUGUGCCUUAGAGAAAACAUGGGUUCAAGUUUAGAGCAUCAUUGCAGCGCUGAAUUUCAGUGAGGGUCCUCUACUGCCAUCAUGUGGCGACUUUAGACAGCGUGGAGAUUUUUUCAACAGGUCUAAAACUCUCCCAGGGGUGGGUGGUGCACUGGCGGGCUGUUCACCAACAGGAGUCACUAAACCCGGGAAAAUGUGUGUGAGGAGGCGCGACUUGAUCUCACAUGCAGUAACUCAACGUGUGACCAUUUAACCGGUUGAAUGAAGUAUGGGCUGAGUUUCUUCAUGCGCAAAACCCCUUUUUUCCUCGUUGAAAUUACUUUACUUACAUUAGUGCACAACCCACGUGCUCUCUGUUUCUCUCUCUUCAUCUCCCUCCCUCUCGCCGUCCUUUUCUCUGCUGUGAUGCUGUGCGCAACUGCGUGACGGAAUCGCGAGUAUCCAAAACGCCCCCAUCACUCAUGUCAAACUCAAAUGUUCUUCGUUGAUGUUUCAGUGUUAAAGUUGUUCGGAUAAAACCCCCAUCAUAUGUAGACAUGGAGAAGCUUUUCCUCCUUAUUUUCCUGUUGUUUGUGCUCGUGUGUUUGGGUGCUGGGCAGCAACAUCUACACACACGUGUGGGACCAUGGAGGCACCGGUUUCAGUGGGAGAAUAACGGACAGGUGUAUAGUUUACUAAGCACAGGGACUCAGUACCGCUUACCUUCGCAGACAAGAAGACGCACUGAACUCUUUUUGACGACAAAAAACAAUUUUAACCGACUUCAUCCUCCUGCUGCGCUCAGCAGACCAAGCAGGAUCAGGUCUGGAGGGGCAGCAGGGGGUCCCUCUCCACAGAACGACAUCUUUCACAUGGAUGCGUCUAUCCUGGGUGCUGAUGCAGGGCAAUAUUUACUCGCUUCUGGGCGUCCCGGGACACACAGCCAGUCCUCACUGCGUCUCUCAACCACCAGAGAAGCUGCGCCUGGGAGGCAACGUGCGCCACAGACACCGUCCAACGCCAGCGCUGCAGCUUUUACCACAAUCCAGGAGUUCUCAGGCAGCGGGGUCCCUCGGGGUGGCCGGAGUACAGCUGGAGAUGACUCUGGUGCGCCACAAACCACUGCAUCACCGGAAAGAUCACCGGGAUCUACGCAAAGCCGGUCACCUGCCACGGGUGGAUGGGUCACAAUGUCUGAGGAUAUUGAGAAUGCACCUCGAGCUGCGCAAAGAGCUCAGUCACUGACCAGAAUCACCGAGGAGUCCCCCACAGCGCUAUCCAGCAACGCCGUGGAGAUCACCUUUCCGCAAAGCGAUACAGCCAGGGUUGAAACUACUGAUCCACGAGAUCCACACAGCAUCCAUCACAGAAACUCCGUUUUCUACAACGUUUAUCCAGCGGACCGCAGAAACAGGAUCACUGUGCGUCUCCCACCAUCAGCAGGAUUUGGGACCAGGUUCUUCCACAAUGGUGAGAGAAAACCUGACACAAAGUUUGAAUGAAGUACAAAAGAUGUUUUAAUGAUACCCUUAAACUCAUUAUUAAAACUAUUAAUCUUAAAACUUUCACUGAAUUGUCAGUAAAGUUUGCAGAGUUAUCUUCUAUGCAGCCUUAAGCUGAAGUUUAAUGUCUUUAUGCAUCAGAAGUAAUACUUUGUGGAUUUAACACCACGUUUGUAUAAUUUAUAUGUCAUAAUUUCCUUUUAUAGUCUUUUUUAUAUGCACUUGAGAUGCAAAAAGUAAUAUUCUGAUGAUGUAUGCGCUCAUAUGCAAAUCAACACUCUUCAAUUCUUCUGCCCAUGAGGAAAUAUCUUAAAAGCUUCCAACCCCUUUUCCUUGAAAAGUGAUAACAAGUGCAAUAAAGGCUACUCUUCAGUGGUCAUGAUGUACGACAAAUACCUGAGCAUUUCUGAAACCAUGCAUGACUUUCCAUAAACUUGAAACUGUGAAACACUUUUGCUGCAGGCCUCCCAGAUUUGGUUCCUGACCCAUACUACAUCCAGGCUGCCUCUUACAUCCAGAGAGUGCAGAUGUAUGCUCUGCGCUGUGCUGCUGAAGAGAACUGUCUUUCCAGGUAAACUUAUUUAUUUGAAAUAUCACCACAUUAUCUAAUCCAUCAAGUCAAGGCUGCUUGGUCAAAUCAUAAAUCACAAUAAGGAGAUGGAGAGUCAGCCUAAAUCAAUGUUUUUGUGACUUCUUGUGAUACCCUCAAUCAUCAUCUGACAUUUUGUUAUACUCAUAGUCUGUGCUGUGUCAUUAAUAUUGUACCUUUAGACACAUAAAUCAAUGGAUUUUUAAUCUAUAAAGGACCAAUUACAUAAUUAAGAUAGCAUUAAAGAUUGCUUUAAAGUCGGUACAUUAGAAAGUUUGUUGGCCUUGAUCCAACGGGGACGCUGUAGCUGAGCAACUGAGGAGCUUGACACAAACCUGGCAACCGCUCAAGACUCUCUUCUGAUCCGAGCAGCCACACGGCCAACUAAAAGAAGCUCCAAAAUGAAAGGAAAAGAUUCCUGAGGUGAAGUCAAAAACUUCUGAAGCAAGACCAGAAACCACCUCAGUGGCUUGGACAGUAAAUCAACAUUAUGUAAAGUGGUCAUGGAGGAGGAGGAGGAGACCAAGUUCAGUGUGCAGUGAAGAGUGUGUGGAGGAAAUGUGAUGUUAGAAAAGAUACCACAAACAUAAAGGUGAUACGAGUCAACUCCAGCUGUGCACUCAGUGUUUUAAUGAAUGCACUUGAAGUAAGUUUCACUCACUCUCUUCCUGUUUUCUUUCCCGCCAGGUCCGCAUAUCAUCCGAGUGUCAGGGACCUGGACUACAGAGUCCUGCUACGCUUCCCUCAGCGGGUCAAAAACCAGGGAACAGCAGAUUUUCUUCCCGUGAAGCCCAGACAUGAUUGGGAAUGGCACAGCUGUCACCAGUAAGAUCAGUGUUGUUAAAGAGAACCAAAACACCCAGAACACACCGGUGUCAGACUCUGAUUCUUUAUCUCCAAGACUCUGCUGUGGAGACCAGAUCAUACUGUAACUGUGUCUGUUAUUACUCAGAAACUCUUCAAGGGAUAUUCAGAGCAAGUUUAAAACAUAAUGCACUUCAAAUGUGCAUGAAGUGACGAAGAUAACAAUUAUUUUAAACACAGCUAAUGCAGCAUCUGUUAUUACGAGUGCAGCUUUAGUGAUACGACCUUAUGUUGGUACAGUAUGUAAACUGGUGAUUAAAAACAGACCCCAGUGGUUUGCAAGUAAUUAAGACACUAUAAAUAAUCCAAAGACAAGAUAUAAAAUGAUUUAACUGAUGAAUUGUGUCCUGUGGUCUGAUGAGUAAACAUUUGAAAUCUUGUCAUCAAGGCUGUGUCCCAUACUCUCAAGAGGAGAGGGACCACCCAGCUUGUGGUCAGUGCAAAGUUCAAAGGCUAGCAUCUGUGAUGGUGAGGUUGCAUAGGUGUCAAUGACAGAGGUAGCUUACAUAUCCAAGGACCCUAAUCGCUGAGCAGUUAAUAUUGUGAGAAACAUAUGCUUCCUCGUAUUACAACAGCAUGGCUCUGGAGUAGAAGGGUCUGGAUGCUAAAUUGACUUGCUUACAAUAUGGACUUGUCAACCACUGAAAACUUUUGUCCCAUCAUGAAACAAAACAUACUUGAAAGGAAACCUCUGAGCAGCUCCAAUACUGGACCUGGCAAGAAUAAGAACACAUGACAUCCCAACUUGUUUGGAAUAUAAAGUCAUUAGAAGUCAUGUUCAGUGGGCAGACCUUUUGUGUCACUUUGAAACCAUGAUUCAAAGAUGAGGGCUGGAGAGUUGUAAGCUAACUCCCUGUAAAUGUUUUCUUGGCCACCACAUACAAACUCCAAAAACUGUUCCUAAUGUUUGGGCCAACUUACCGACUUGUGUGUUGGGUGAAUGUGUGGCCAAUUAUAAAGCACUCUGGGUAAAAGCGCAAUUUAAAUGCAGCCAGGUACCAUUUGUUGAGCACCACUUUAGUUCAGUAAACACACCUGCUUCUCACACACUCAUUCUGAGAGAAGGCCAAAUCUCUCUGUACAAAAAAACCAAAGCUCUGUGUGAUCAUUAAAGCCUGAUUUUGUGCCAGCUACAAUUUUGUUCUGCACUUUAAUGAUGUUGAUGAAACAGUUUGGGAACAGAAGAAACUCUUAUUCUUUCUAGAAACAAAAAUGAACAAAUGUACUAUCUUACUUUGGUCCCAACAGGUUAAUAUGAGCUGGAUAGUAUUCCCAAUAACACAUUUUCUAAAUGUCUUUCUCUCUGCAUCAUUAGGCAUUAUCACAGUAUGGAGGCAUUCAGUAACUAUGACCUGCUGGAUGUCUCCACUGAGCAGAAGGUCGCUGAGGGACACAAGGCCAGUUUCUGUCUGGAGGACACGUCCUGUGACCCAGGGACACGCAGACGCUUUGCUUGCACCGCUCACACUCAGGUUGGUUUUCUUGAACAAUAAAACAUGUCUUCUUUCAUGAUUCAAUCCGUUGUUGUGUAUACUGAAGACAUUUUAAACCUCCACAUGGGUUAUUUAAGUUUCUGUUUCUCGCAGGGGCUUGGUCCUGGUUGCUAUGAUACGUAUCAUGCUAACAUUGACUGCCAGUGGAUCGACAUCACUGAUGUACCACCUGGAAACUACAUACUGAAGGUUUGGGUGCAGAGCUGCUCCAUGAGCAGAACAAGAUCCAUUGAACUUCAGUAGAAAUCUCAUCAGAAUAUUUGUUUAUCUGAAAUCAAAUUAAGUAACGGUAUUUAUGCUUCUGCUGUUUCUCAGGUGACAGUGAACCCGUCUCAGCUGGUUCAGGAGUCUGACUUCUCCAACAAUGAGGUGCGAUGUGACAUCAGGUACACAGGGAGCUAUGUGCAAGCCAGAAACUGCAGAAUAAUCGGGUACGCCAGUAAAACAAUACUCCCACUCUUGAUGUCUGAAAUAAUACACAAAAAGAAGCCCUCAUUGCUGACGUGCUUUUACUUUUUUCACAGAAGUCACUGAUCUGGCUGCAGUUUUUCCACUCAGAUGUAAACUUCAUCACUUCUUGUUGCUCUUCUGUGUGAUUGCUUCUCAUUUGUGCAGUUUUUUUACAUCCAAGUCUCUGCUACAAAUUUAUCAGUUUAUAUUUUUAUGUUAUGAUUUAUUGAAGCAACAGCCAGGCUGGCUAAUUGUUAUUGUGUUUUGUUUUUUUUUUUUUUGUAAGAUUAUUAAUUUUGUUUCAAAGCAAUGCAAGACUGAAAUACCUGCUCCAUAUUUUCAGAAAACUUGUGAAAAGUCUUAACAAGUCACAGAUACAAAGGAAGCAAGUUAUUCUUUGGGAAGUUGUGUAAUUAAGUCAAACUGUAGUGUUGAAUUGGUGCUGAUUCUGAUUAAGUUAGCCAUGCUCUUCCUCUUUCUUGAAUUACAUCAAUGUUUUGCCUCAUCAGAGUUUAUUUGCAUGUUUUUUUAUUAACUUAAUAUGUACCGAAGUUAUGGACCUAUAAGUGCUGCUAAAAUACAAAAACAAAUACAUGCAUUUAGAUUAGCAAAGUGGUAAGAGUUUUUAAAUAUUUAUAUUUAUGACGCCCACACAUAUGUAAAAUAUUGUGUCUCACAAGCUGGAGAAACGAGUGAGAGUGCAAAAGUUGUUUUAACAAUUGUGAGAUGUUAAAAUAAAGAGAUGUUGUUGGUUACUAAAGUUCCUCUGUGGACUGAUGCCUUACUUCACUUGCUCCAAAUAGCUGCAGCUGAUGGGAUAAUUUAACAAAAUAUUUAACUGCAUGAAGUCAUUUCAGUGCUCAUUUAGUGUCAACACACAGCGAGGGGUAUUAGCGUGUGGAGUGGCACAUAUUUGUGUAUUAUUUCAGAGUAACACACCACAGAGAAAUACCUGAAAUGAUUCCACUUAGUGUGGUUACGUCUCUCGGAAGUGUCACCAGAAGACAGAGAGCUUUACACCACAGGUUUGUGUGUGUGCGUGUUUGUUGUGUUGUGUUAUCGUGGAUGAGUGACAGAGAAAACAUUUAUUCACCUGCUAAUAUAAUAACUUCACAUGACGUGCAUGGGAACACUCCCCCCCUCCUCCUGUUUACACCCUGUCACCAGAUUUAUUAAGGACACUGUCUGACUGGUGCAUGGAAAUGAGUAUUAAUAAUCCCCACAACUAUUUCAAACAUAAUUCAUUCCUUAUUCGUUUUUC